AUGGAGAGCCCGGAUUUUCUGUUUUAUACUCUUCACGCAAUGGGCGCUGUCACGUGUCCACUCCAAAUUCUCGGUAUCUAUUGCAUUUUGUAUAAAACUCCACACGCAAUGAGUUCAGCCAAAUGGGUGCUUUUUAACGCCCAUAUUUGGUCUCUUAUAUUUGAUAUAACAAUCACUGAACUAAUCAUCACAUUUCUAGUUUUUCCCGUUAUUGGAGCAGUUCCAUUAGGAAUUUUAACAAAGUGGCUCGAUGUUCCCAUUGGUUUCCAAGCUUAUUCGAUAUGGACAAUUUUAUUCAGUAACUGAUCGGAAAUGUGCGCUUCAAAUAAAUUUUCUCAAUUUUCAGCUGUCUUGGUCUCCGACAUGUUGAUCUUCGAAAACAGCAAGUUCCAAGCCUCCCUGCCGAGCUUAAAUCCAUGAACUUCUUCAUUUGGGCAAAAGAUUAUCAAGUUUUUUUGAAAUCUUUACUGUUCAUCACUAUCUUUGAGCUUAUUCAAUUCGUUCCCCUAAUUAUGUUAACCGAUUGGAAUGUGAGGACAUCUAUCAAAAAAUCAACGCAAUCCCGACAGACCAUGCAACUUCAACUAAAAUUUCUAAUGACUCUUUAUGCGCAGAGCGGUGCGUUCUUCCUGGCUUGUUUCACUCCUUAUGUUUAUAUAUUGUACUCUUGUUUUACUAAUUAUUAUAAUCCAAUUGCAAACAACUUCAUAUUCAUUUUCGUGGCGUCUCGCGAGUCCAUGUGCACUUUAAUCCUGCUCUUCGCAUACAAACCGUAUAAAAAAGCAGUGAUCAGUAUCUUCCGAGAACUAUUACCCUCUUGGUGUUUGACGCAACCAGUUGCAAAUCGGAUUGGAACAAUUAUUAUAUCAAAUCAGAACACUUCACUUUAUUGAUAUUUUGUUAGAAAGUCUUAUAC